AGAAUUGAAGUACCACCUUAUAUUCACUCAAUAUUGCUUAGCAAGUGAAAAAAGAAUCCAUUGAAGAAACUCUUCUUACAUAGGAAAAGACAACCAGUCAAAGUCAAAAGUCAUUUCUUUCUCAUAACCAAAAGACCUUGUCUCAUUCUUACCAUCACCAUCUUCAUCUUCAUGGUCAAUGAAGUUUCCAUGCUCUGGUUCUAGUGUUCCCCAGCAACUGUGCCACAUAUUAUCAUCAUCACUUCACCACCAUAAUCAUUACUUACGCACUCUUCCCCACUUGAAACAAACUCACACUCUACUACUCAAAUUCUCCACUACUCACUCUCAUCAUCAUCCUCUCAGUUACCAUCUUUUACUGCCUCGAUUACUCUCUCAGCUGCUUCUUCUCCAAUCCCCUCCUGCUGCUACUGCUGACACUCUACGUUAUGCCCUCAACCUGUUUGAUGAAAUACCCAACUGUAGAAAUGAGUUUAUUUGGAGCUCUCUAAUACGUUACAAUGUGGUACUUGAUAAGUUCAAGGAAUCUUUUGUUUUGUAUGCUCAAAUGCAACGAAAGGGCGUUUCGCCAUCCGGGUUUACUUUCUCUUCGGUGCUCAAUGCUUGUGCUCGCUUUCCGGCAAUAUUGGAAGGUAGAGAAAUCAAUGCCAAGGUUGUACAAACUGGUUUUUUGGGGAACAAAGUUGUGCAGACUGCGCUUCUUGACAUGUAUGCAAAAUGUGGGUUUGUUAGGGAGGCUAGAGAUGUUUUCGAUAGGAUGGUUGAUAGAGAUGUGAUUGCUUGGACAGCCAUGAUUUGUGGUUAUACUAAGAAGUGUAUGAUGGAGGAGGCUAGGCUAUUGUUUUGUAACAUGGGGCGGCGGAAUGUUGUAUCUUGGACUACUAUGGUUGCAGGGUAUGCGAAUUGUGGUGAUAUGGAAGCUGCGAAAGAGUUGUAUGAUGAAAUGGAGGAGAAGAAUUUAAUCACUUGGGUAGCAAUGGUUGCAGGGUAUGGUAAGUGUGGUAAUGUUAUGGAAGCUCGAAGAGUUUUCGAUGAGAUACCACAGCAUGAUGCAUCUUCUUGGGCAGCAAUGGUGGCUUGCUAUGCUCAGAAUGGUUAUGCAAAGGAAGCCAUUGACAUGUAUAAGGAAAUGAGAAAACAAAAUGUGAUAAUCAAUGAAGUGGCAAUGGUGGGAGCUAUCUCAGCUUGUACACAACUUGUGGAUACUGAUAUGGCAGCCACCUUAGUUAACCAUGUGGACCAAGGGUGUUGUUGUAGAUCACUUUAUGUGUCCAAUGCCUUGAUCCACUUGCACUCAAAAUGUGGUAACUUGGAUGAGGCAGUGAAAGAAUUUAAUAGAAUGAACGAAAAAGAUGUCGUCUCCUACACUGCAUUGAUCACCGCCCUCGGUGACCAUGGAAAAGCCAAAAGAGCUUUGCAACUUUUCUCAAAGAUGCAAAAGGAUGACAUAACACCAAACCAGGUUACAUUCAUAGGAGUGCUUAAUGCAUGUAGUUUUGCAGGCCUAGUUGAAGAUGGGUGUCGAUAUUUUGAGCUCAUGACUCAGGUUUAUCGCAUCAAACCGUUGAAUGAGCACUAUGCUUGCAUCAUUGAUCUUCUUGGAAGGGCUGGGCUACUUGGAAAGGCAUACACUUUCAUUAAGAGAAACGGGAAUGCCUCUGAUGCAAAGAUAUGGAGUUCUUUGUUGGCAUCUUGUAAGGUUCAUGGUGAUGAAGAAUUAGCCAAGAUUGCAGCCAUACAUCUGUUCGAAAUAGAGCCUGAGAAUACAGAAACUUAUGUGCUUUUGGCAAGUAUAUAUGCAGCAAUGAAUAAGUGGGAUGAUGCUGAGAGAGUGAGAACGAUGAUGAUUGAAAAGGGCACACGAAAAUCUCCUGGAUGUAGCUGGAUUUCACUCAUGUGAUGAAAAACCAACAAUUAAUUUUAACUCUCUCUCAGGACUGGAUGGAGGCUACUGGUUCAGUAUAGUUCCUGCUACUCCAUCAGCAUGAAAAUCUUACUGUUAUUUUUCCUUGUUCCAUAUCAAAUGUGGAGCAAGGAAUUACUGUGAUGAAGCAGCAACUUCUUGAAAUGUUAGUUCUCUAUGCUUAUCUCGGAAUAUAAUGCCGUAGUUUGAACUGCUUACUAUACUAUUUUUCUUUCUGUUAGACAAAUUUUGCUUUUUCCAAUGAUGCAGUUUUCUUUCUUUAUGCAAAGUAAAAUAGAGAUCAGGGAAGUCCUUGCCUAUCAUUACAACACAAUUUUGAAAUUGCAGAAAUUGAACUGUUUUGUGUCCUGUUCAUAUGUGAUGAUACGAUCUAUAGGGGGAACUGUAGAGUUUUAUGCUUAUUGAAGCUUUUGAAUUCAUAUUGGGAAAUGAAACUAGAAAAGGUAAUGCUUUUUUUUUUCUUUAUAUGUAUAAUAACUUUGAGAAAACAGGUAUUUGACACUCAUCUUGAGUAUCUAGCUUGCUGCAUCUGCAGUAGGCACUCUCUCAUAAAUAUAUUGUGCAACUCCAUGGUGCUCAAUGUUAACUUCUUUUAGUAUUCAAAUGUUGCCUUUCUGCUGGGUGCUGAUUGAAUUCCAAUUUAUAGUCAUUACUUAAGUUCUUAUAGCCAUUCUUUUCUAAAAAGUCUGCUAGUUACCUGCAAGUUUUAAAGUAUGUUUAGCUGAUUUUACUUUGUAUUUACCAGGCUUUGGUAAAGAUAGUCAAAGUUGAAGAAAAACCAUCAAAAGAUUGGGGUGGCGAGAGUGCAUACCGUUAUUUAUUGGCGGAUGGCGAGGGCUUCCUAGCCACAAAAAAUUGCUACUCUAACAAAGAUCAGAAUGGGAUAAAUCUGGCCAUGAAAAGGAAUUGGAAAUUAGCAUCAGAGCAAAAUACAAUGCUUGGGUUACAAGAGAGAAGGAGACAUAUAUGAUAUUGCAAUGAAGUUUUUAUAAUAAUCUAUGGGAUUAGGAGGAUAUUCAUAUGGGGCCACACUCUUUAAGAGUUUUUUUUUUCCUUUGGUUGAUAUGAAUAAAUAAUUCAUUUGACACUCUUUGAUUGUAAGAAAAAGAAUCUAUUUUGGUGUAUAAAUUUAUCAAUUUAUUGAUAUACCAUAUUCCCCUC